ACUCGCCCCCUCCCCUUCUACCUUUAAAGUCCAUGGUUAAGUUUGUUGGCCAUUAUCCUUGUUAUCAGUUUUACCUUGAGAAGCAAAAUCUGCAGCCAUGGGUCAUUAUUGUCUUUGUCUUUUUAUUGGACUUCUGGCGGUUGCAUUCCUCCAGUCUGGUGUACUGGCAAACAAUGCCAAUAUGCCAGGCGAAUGCUGUUUUGAUUAUUAUCCAAGAAAAAUCCCCAUCACUAAAGUUAAUUCCUACAUAGUGACGAGACCGGAAUGCACUAAGCCUGGAGUCAUUCUUGUCACACAGAAGGGUUUUCGUAUCUGUGUGAACACUGGGCUGAGCUGGGUGAAGAAUGCCCUUAAAAAAAUCGACGAUCGUAACUUUUAGUGUUGCAGUUGUGGCAAUGUUCUGCGUACUCUUAACCCAAGAAUUAACUCUGUAACCUGCUUUCUAUGUUCUGUCAUUUCUUUCAUUAUUAUCAUGUGGCAUCAUGAAAAAAAUGUUCUACCUUGCUACUGUUAUGUUACUUUUACUGGAGAGCAAUAUAUGUAAAAAGACAACUUUUGUCAUUUGAUUUAUGAUUGUUCAAAAUUUUAACAUUUAAUUAAAGAAAUUUGCAUUAACAAUUAA